CGGGUCUUUCGUUCGAAACUAUCCCCUGCCACCAAGAAAUUCGAGAUGAAAAUUUGACAGCUCGGAUGGUGGGGGGAUUUAGCAGUUAAAUUAUGCCUUUGCAUUGCAUUGAAGAACAAAGAGGAAACACAUCUGAAGAUAAUGGAGACACGUGUUCACUAUGGACAGAUAUUCCAGAGUCCUUACUAUUGCAAAUAUUCUCUUAUCUAGAGGCGACAAGUUUAGUGGCGGUUACACAGACUUGCAAGGUAUGGUGCAGAGUAGCGUAUGAUGAGAGCCUUUGGAAGGCAUUGCUGUGGCGACGGUGGAGUAUUUGUGGGGUGGAGCUUCCACCGGGGAGAGACAGUUGGUACCAGGAGUACAGACGUCUGUUCUACCACUGCCCUGUGAUCCUCAGUGAAACUCUGAUGGACCACAGUGAUGAAGUUCUCCAUGUCAGCUUCUCAAACCGCGGCGACAUGUUCUCUACUACUUCCAAAGAUGCUUCAAUUAAGAUUUGGCAGGUGGGGUAUCCAACAAAUCUUAAAUAUACCAAGGACUUCCGUGAGCUGCUGGGCUGGGACUUCACCCAGUUCUCUUGCUUCAACAAAAGCGACACCAUGCUUCUAGUUUCAAGUGUCAAAACAACUGAUUUUAUGGACAGAAGAGGCUUUGUAGCUAUUCUAUCCCUCAUGCAUAAUUUACAGAUUUUAAGAGUAGUUUCUAUGGAUCCCUCCCAGCUGUUUGGAGCUUGGCUGGAUGACAAUACAUUCCUUGGAGGAUAUCUAGAAAUAAGCUUAGAUAGAUUUGCAACCACUGUUCAGAUUGAAUCAUUUCAGGUUGAUAAGAAUUCACCAUUACCGAAUGAUAAAACUCCAGUAGUGGAGGAAGGCAUAGGACAAAACCUGUUCACUUUCUCCAGUGAAACAGCCAGCCUAAUCAAAUUUUUGACAGUGGCCCAUGUGUCUAGUACUGAUACAAAAAGUUCUUCAUCAUCACUGCUGAAAACUUGUCAUGGAACAGAAGAUAUUGCAAUGAAAACAGAGAGUAAAAAGGAGGAAGCUCUGAACAUUUGUUGUAACUGUAACAUUAAUCACAAUGAAAAUCAGUCAACAAGUGUGAACAUUGACCACAGUUGUAAUUGUUUGAGGACAUCGUUUGAAGAGUGGAAAAGUGGAGCCAGCACUAAGCCCAGGAAUCCAUGCAUUUCAUGUGCCAGUGUCAAACUGGAAGAUCAUGAAUCACCACCAGGUACCUCUCUGAAAAACUUGAUAUUUGUUACUGGAGAGUUUGCUGUCGCACUCCAUCAGCUGGGAAUUAAAAACGUAAGUUCAGAAACUUUGUCCAAGCAGAUGUCUUUCAGCAGUGAGAUGGAUGAGAUGGAAAUAUCCGAGGAAAAUCACCAUAUGGUGGUUAAUUUUAGUAACAAUGAUAUUCAUGUGCAACCUCUUAGAAAAUCAGACAAACCAGAUCAUCUGAUUGAUCUGUUCGGACAUGUGACAGGAUUAUGUCUCUCAAGAGAUUCUAGGUAUUUAUAUCUUAAUUAUCGUCCUUGGAUUGGUAAAGUAGACAGAAAUGACCCCUGGGCAACCCCUGACCUUUCACCUUCUAUAGAGAUCUUGGUGAUUGACCUGCUUACCUUAAAAAAUGAGGGCGUGCAAUAUGUAGGUCACAAGGGAUAUUCCCCUUCCACCAUGUGUUGUUUUGUAUUUCUGGAUGUCAGCAGUGACUAUGUUGGAAGUGGUAGUGAAGAUGCACGAGCAUAUCUGUGGGAUAAGCAUUACAAAAACAACAUAGCAGUGUAUGAGCACUCCUGGGGAGUGGUGAAUGCAGUAGGGUUCAACCCUGCCAACCAGGAGUACAUGGUCACGGUCAGUGAUGACAACACCAUCAAGAUUUGGAGGUCCAGGUCAGAGAUCAGGAAGUUACGCCCUAACUUUGAAACCGCUUCGAUCGAAGCAGACAAAUUUGUAAGGAAAUUCUGAGUCUGUGAAAGUACUCAAACGAUCCAGGGUACAGUGGAAUCUGAGGAACCAUUUAUCUGUGAUCACUGGGACCAAUGCCAACAAUCUUGAAAUGCAAAGCUGUUUUGCACCCCCCCCCCCUUUUUUGAUGAAACUUUGAGCCAUUCUUUCUAGUUAUUUUUUUAGUAUACACACUCUCCUAAAUGCUGGUAUUUGUAUUAUUUCUUUUUGUGUAUAAAUAAACCAAUAUUGCUGUUGUACAUGUAUGAUAAUUAAUAAAACAUGAUAAAUUAUUGAA